AUGGCAGAAGAAGAAAUCAAGACUGUCGCUGAGAAAAUCCUCAAGCAGAAGAGCGCUUCUGAGAUUGUCAAAACCCCAGAGACAGUUCGAAAGAUUUCAAGAGAAGAAGUUGAGGACGUUUUCAAGAGUUUGAAGAGGCAAAACUCGCAGCCAGAGAAACAGCCAUUGGUCGAUCAAGUUAUUGAUAACAUUGUGGACGAUAUUGUCAAAGAAAAAUCGAAAACUGAGGAUGAAGACUUUGAUAUUUUAGACUUGGACGAAAUUAAAGCUGCGACGGAAGCAUCUCAAAAAAUCGAAGAAAACUUGCCAACAAAAUCUCCUUCUCCAGUCCUUGUUCAAGCUCCGAAGAACAUGGAGGAUUCUGGAAUAAAUUUACCUGACAUCGUUCCUCAAGAGCUUCCGAAAGAACCUCCACAGCAAGAAGAUCUUCCAAUGGAGGAUUCUGGUAUUGGAUUCACCGAAUCUACUGAAAAUGUUAAAGAGAGCAUCUCAGAGCGUCCACCUUCACCGAAGUCUGAAGAAAUCGCAAUGCUGGAAGGAAAGAUCGCCCAGCUGGAUGAAUCCGUUGAACUAAAAGAUGAGCUGACAGAUUCAUCGCUCGAUCUUUAUGGCAACUUCGAUAUGAUGGCCUCGCCGACUGUAAAAUCGCCCGUACCUGCCGUCGACUACGACCUAUUCGGCUCGAUCUCUCCGCCGGCAGGUUUAACCGCAGAAACCAUGGCACAGCCGCGUAAAUCGGUGGCGUUCAGCGAUCACGUGCAGGAGAAAACGAUCUCACCCGCGCCUUCUAUGAGCUCACCUGAGAUAAUCGACGCUGAAGAUUACUUUCUCAAGUCAGGAGAUGAAAAAGCGAGACUGGAAGCGGAACUCGAUGAGCUCAUGGAUGGAUUUACGGAAGAAAUCGAGAAGAGGGAAAGGAUGCCUGAUCAGAGAGAUCUUUUAGGAAACUUCAAGAUCGACUCUCCAGAAGCCCAAGAAAUCGACUCAUCCGAUUCUGCGAAAGAAUACUUUCCUGUUGAGCUGUCAAAGAACCAAGUUUCAUCACCUGUUGAAAAAACAGAAGCUGACGAAAGGAAAGCGAUAGAUACAGAAUGCGAUUUGGAAGCGGUUUCCAAAUUAGAAGAGCCCUCCCAGAGCAUUUCCCACGAUGCAGAUGUAAUUAAUACAGAUCCACUUGCGAGCUCGUUAUCUGAAGAAGCCGAGAGUGAGAAAGUGACGCCGGCCGAAAUUGAAGAGAAGCUCGAUGGUUCUGAGAAAGAGAUAGAAACCAUGCCAAGUGAAAUUAUUGAGGACACUCACGAAACUGUGGUUGAAUCUUCAGUCGAAAAAUCUGCUAAUGACGAAGUUAAAAACGAAAAUAAAGAACAAGAGAACCAAAAAGAGAUUCCAUUGGAUACUCAAGAAGAAGUUGGCCUUGCCGAACAACCAGAGCUCAUGGAACCCACAGCUGAUAGAAAUGCACAAGAAGAAAUUUCCGUGAAAGAGUCAGAAAAUGCUGAGCCUGCGCCUUUGGCUGAAGAAGGUGAAAUGCUAGAGAACGACCAUCAGCCACAAGUAGCCGUUGUUGAAGAACAAUCUGUCGGAAAUAGUGAUGAAAAACCUGUCGAAACCGAAGAAAAAUCUGAGCCUCGAGAAGAUCAAACUUUGGAAGCUCAAGAAUCUGUUUGUAAGGUGGAUUGGACCGAAGAAAAAGUUAAAACUGAAAAAACUGUAAACGAAACUGCUGAAAUUCCAGAGCAAUCAGAGGAUUUAUCACCUGAAGCUAUUGAGCUCCAACCUGACUCACCUCAUCUGCAGGAGUCAUUAGAAGACACAGUAUCUCCAGCAGCGGCGGCAGAUGAUAUUACCGUAGCUUCAGAUCGAUCGGCGGCAGAAAUUGAAUCUUUUGCGGCUUUGACAGUUAGUGAGAUCAUACAGUCUGCGCAGAAAGAAGCCAAAUCUUAUCAUGAGGCUGAUGAAAGCGAAAUUCGCGAAAAAUGUGAUGAUCCCGUCGCAAUCAACGAAGAGGCACCUGCUCAGGUUCACGACUCAGAGAAAGAAACUAACCGUGAAAACAUGGAAGACUCGACACCAGAAAUUUCCCCAGAAAAUGUCACGGAGAAUGAAAUCAAGGAAGAGAAACAAAGAGAAAAGUUCGACGUCCCUCCAAAAUUCAAAGAAAUUCCAUUUGAGCCAGUAAAAGAAAAUGAAAUCGAAGUUGUCUUGAAAAAGGAAGGCGAAAAAGAAUUGCCUGAAUUCGUUGUCGAAAAGGAUGAGCCAAAACUGGAAGAACUGAAAUCUUCUGAAGCAGUUUCUUUUGGAGAAAACCAGAAGAUCAGAUCUGAGAAAGUUCUGAGCUUCGCAAGCUACAGAAGCGAAAGUACUGAAGUGCAGCAGACUGUUAUCACCACCCCUGCAGAGGCCGAUCCAGUCGUUUCCUCAAAAGAGGAAGAAAUAAACUUAGAAGAAAAUUUGCAAGAGAUCCCCAAAGAAACAAAAGAGAUGAGCUCGCAAGGCUCGAUUCAGCAGCUCGUCAGCUCUUCUGGCGAUUUUGACGAAGAAAAUGCAUCAGAAACCGCAAUUGACAUACAGGUUACAAAUGACGCAAAAGAGGAUGAACUUUCGGAUGCUGAAACGACGUCUCAAUCGACCAUAAAAGCAAGUCCUUCAAUGACAACUAUGGACUCUGUUGACGUGUCUGGGUCGUACGACCCUGAUUCAAGCAAUACUAACGCCGUUUCUGACAGAUUCAGUGUUUACUGUGAGCCUGACGAGGUCAUUUCGGAAUCGAAAGAACUUCAGAUGGAGGUUUCUACGACAGAAAUCGAGGUUACAACUGAAACAACGAUCACAGAAAUGAAGCGUUCCGAGUCAAGUGAUACUCUUCGAUUCACAGAAGAACACACUUCUAUCAGCGCAACUGUUCACAGCUCCUCAACAGUUGGCGACGAGGGCAAGGUUGACGAGCCUGUUUCAGUCAGCGCUGACGCCCCCGCGGCGCCGGAAAUGAGUGAAAAUAAAGAGAAACAAAGCGGUGGCCAAUGGAAUUCCGGCUGGGAAGGUUGGGAAGACGAUGAGUGGAAAGAACCAGUCAAGGUCGAAUUCAAACAGCAGAACAUCCAGGAGAGUUCCAUUGCCGGAACACAAAGCGCAGAAGAUAAUGAACAAGGAGUGAAUGUUUCUGGAAAUAUCAGUACUGAUACAGAAGCUGGCUAUGAAACAGCCACUUCUGGUGGCGAAUAUGACACGGCUGUGGAGGAUAAUAAUACUUCUACUGAUGCGUUUUAUUCUUGCACGGAAGGAACUGAUGUCGAAGACAAUCGAGCUGAAACUCCAACGAAUGCGGAUGUGCCUCACGUGGGAAACAUUCCCCAUUUUGGCGAGUUCAGUUUCGCCUCCUCGCAAACUGUUCAGGAGAUUUCUUCACAGGAAUUCGCAAGUUCCCAAGAUAGCGUUUUACAGUCUCAAGAACAAGAUCCACCAGAAGAUGGUGCGAACCUGAACGAGUUCAAUUUCCGCGAUGGUUGCACGAUCGUGGAGACUGUUGCUAAAAAGGACACCGUAGAAGUGUUCGAUCCUCAAGAAGGACGAUGGUACGAGGCGCAGAUGGAUCUGUCCAAGAUCGAAGAAAUCUCUCCUCCUCUUUCUAACUCUCCUCUUUCUUCUCCUAAACCUCUUCUCAGAGAGACUGUCUCUAGUCCAGUCUUGAUCAGUAAAGGGGAAUCGACUUCAGAUUUAAUUCAGGAGCAGAUUUCUGAGGAACAAGUUGAAGAAGAACAGCAGCAGAAAACUCCAUCCCCAGAACCUCUACCCAUAAUUGAACCCGAACCCGAACCGCAAGCAGAGCCAGAGCCAGAAACAGAGCAAGUUCAGCAAGAAGCUGUGCCAGAAGCCCAGGAACCCGAGAAACCAGUAGAACCAGAACCUCAAAAAGAAGUUACCCCAGAGCCCGAGCAAGAAAAUGUUGACCCUCUUCCUGAAAACGUCAAGCUUUUGGAAGACAAGGAAGAAAUCAUCAUUGCCGAAAAAGUACUCGACACAGAAUCAUUGAAGAUUGAUGUCAACUCUGUCACUGCAAGUGUGACAACUUCGUACGAGAUAAUUGAUGUCAAGAAAGUCAUCGUUGACAUGCCUGUCGCUACUCCUUCGCCGAUUCAGCAAAUUGAGGAAGAAGCCAAACCUUCAACUUCUGAAAGCUCUGCAUCUGAGGAAUCAGAGGCCGAGUCAGUCAAGGCCAAGUCUGCCUCUCCUGAACCCGUUAGCAUCACAGUUUCCUCCAAAUCCUCUGAAAUCAACGAAGAGUCAACAAUGGUCGUUUUGAAUGUCGAAACUCGAAAAUCAACGGGCGAGCUGCGCUUCACCGACACGCCAACUACUGUCACUUCCGAGGCGGAAUCAACUUCCGGAAAGGUGGAGCAGAUUGCUGACGAAGCAGAACAAAUCAUUGUCGCUGAGAAAAUCAAAGAUACUGUCACUGAGCAAAUCGUUCAAUCAAGCCAAAGCGAUGAUAAAACCACCGAAACGAUCGAAGAAGAGGCUCGAGCGGCUUCGCAGUGGUGCCAGGAGAUGCUCGACGACUUCGGCGUCAACGAAUUGACUUGGACUAAGAGCAAAGCUGAGGAAGAUCUAGAGAGCUUGAACAAGGCUUACAAGACGCUUGAUGAGUUCAAUACAGGAGACGAUUCCAUCAGCGAAGCCACGAAGCGAUGUCGAGAUGCGCUCGAAGAAGCAAUUCAAAAACUCAAUGAAUUGGUUGAGGAUUUGAAUCUAUCCAUCGAUUAUGAGCAAAAGCUCAAAUUCCUCAGCGAUUGGCUCGAAAAAGUGGAAAACCAGGUGUCAAACGAACCCUUCAACGUGACUGUGAAAGACCAGCUGGAGAAAAACAUUGAAAAGUACGAGAAGUUGAACGAAGUGAUUACUCAGAAAGAAGUGCUCGUCUCAGAAGUUAUUCAGCAUGGCGAGGAAUUAGCUGACCGAGCCAAAACCAAACAGGAAAGUUACAGAGCAGGUGUCUCCAGCCUCGACGCAGAGUGGAAGCGAGUCACGAAGAUGGUCGAUGAGCGCAAACACAAACUGUCCGAGUGGUCAGUAUCGUUGCACAAAUACGAGGAAGUUUACGUUGGCACAGUCAGAUCCUGCGAGGAUCUAUCGCAUGAGGUAUCGAAGCUCGAAGAAUCUGUUUUGGAAGAAGUCGAAUUCGCCGAAAUUAUGAGCAGCAUCGAAAUUCUGAAAGAACAAAUAGAGAACGUCAAAGCUGAAGCCGAAGCGAUCAUCGAAGAUUUCGAAAAAACCGACAAUGGAACGGACAAAGGCCAAUUCCUCGAACUUGUCAACUCUGUUCCUGAGAAUCUCAAAGCAGAUUGUAAAGACUUGGAUAAGCGACUUCAGCAAAUCAAGACCAACCAAGAACUGUCCAUCAAACUAGCAGAGAAAGGAAAGACUGUAAUCGACUUUGUGGAGAAAGCAAAUGCCGUCUUAGACUCUGAUCGGCUACCAGUAAAUCCAAAUGAAUUAGAGGAGCAAUUAGACAUGUACGACCGGCUCGAUGCUGAACUGGAGGAUUUGGAAGUAGUAGUCAAGAUGAUCUCCGAUUGGUCUGUAGAAAUCCAGAAAGGGCCUAACCCGAGUAAAAAUGUGGACGACAUGGAAUCGCUCUUAUCCGAUCAAAUGAGCAAGACUAAGCGAUCGAUUGAGAACAAAGCGCAUAUCUUCAAAAACCUUGUGGACAAUUGGAAAGAGCUCGAAGAUGCAUUCGCCCUUGUAGAAGAGCGCAGCAACAGGAUCAAGAGUGCACUUGAAGAGUCUGACGCGGAUACAGUAAAACUAGCAGAGCUUAUCGACGAGGCUGACAUCAACAAAGAGCUCAACUCGAUUCAAGAGAUGAUUAACGUCUUCCUAGACGGCAAUAUCAUGAGCGAGUAUCUUGAAGAGAAAGGACAGGGGAUUUCCAGUAACAUCAACUCUCAAAUUGCAGAAGCUCAAAGAAAGAUCAGAGCCAGCACAGAGGAUGAAAAGAGCGAAGAGAUUGAGCAAUGGGUAGAGAGCAGUUCUCAAAUGGUCCACAAAGCAGAAUCACUUGGAGAGCUUCAAACCAUCCACGAAAAAAUCCAGCAAUUUGCAAAUGAUAUUGACCAGAACAACAGUGUUCAAGAGAAACUUAUUGCACUGGACGAUCUCGUCCGUGAUCGAGUCAAGUCACUUUCAGAGACUAAAGAUGUUGACGAGCAGACGCAAAAGGUCAAGACAGAUCUUCAAACCCACAUUUCUCUUCUUGAGAAAAUGGAGAGUUCGGGAGAAACCGCAGUGGAUAAACCCGCAGAGUUCCAGAUUGCCUUGAAUGCGAUCGAUUCCUUGGAAGAAAAAUACAAAGAUCUUCCAGAGUUCACUUCACUCAAAGAAAAGAUCGAAGUUCUUCGUCUUCCAGAAGGCACGAAUGACCGAACCUCAUCAGUCGAAGCUAAACUUUCCGAUUCCGAAGCGCAACUAGCCACCACAGAAGUGAAAGCAGUCUCCCUCAGUGGUACGACAAUCGAAGAAGCGAAAGCUGCGGUUACUCAGGUUUACACUGAUCUUGUGACGGUCAAAAACGAUCUGGAGCAGUUGAUCUCAACCAAACGAAAGCUCAAUGAGCAUGGAUUUAUCGAUAAAGACACCGACUUCUCCUUGUCAUUAGUGGCACUUAGAGAGCGAUUCAAUAAUAUCGGAAAACGAAUCACGGAUUCUAAAGUGGCCCUUUCAAAAUCGGCACGACGAGUUCAAAAGCUCAAGCGCGCGGUCGAAGAUACUGAUCAGUGGGCUCAUGAGGUGCUUGCCCAGUCGGUCGAACAGUACCCGAUGACUGACAGAUUAAGGAUGGCAAGUGACGCUGAGAUCCGAAAACGAGAAGUUCUCGAAGCCACUGAAGAUUGUGUCAAUAAACUCCAAGCGAAUCUCGGCGCUGAUUGCUCUCAACUUGUUGCAGAUGUUCACCAAGGCUUGGACUCGACCGAGACUCUCGUCAAGGCUCUCCGAAAUGAAGAAAUCCAGUCUGAUGCAUCAUCGGAAAUUGGUGAGAGCAAGGAUGACAUCAAAGGAAUCAACAUCAUGCUUUCGAAGAUCGAGAUUGAGCUUGAAGAUUCGACCCUUGGAGUAAGCAAUCCUAAGUACAUCACUAGACAAGCAGAGAUUCUCUCCGUCCAACGAGAAAAGCUCGACGAGGUCAAAGCUUAUCUCGAAACUGAAAACGACGAAGACAAUCCUAAUCUCCGCACUAUCGCGUCAACCAAAUACAAGGCCCUCGAGGAAACUUAUGCCGAGAAGAAAAACGCGUUCGAUGCAGUUGCAGAGAUUUGGAGUGGAUUUGAGAAAGAGUGCAAUACUUUGCUUGAAGACUUGCGACCAGAGAACAUCUCGCACGACGUGGUGGUGGACGCUGCUGAUCGUCUCAAGGCGCUCAAAUUCAAAGUCAACUCGGCGAAAGAACCAGCCACCAGUCCGAGAAAAGGCGACUCAAAAGCGCAGGAGAUGCUUGAAAAGGCCCAGAAUUUGAUCGACAACUUUGAAGAUCAGAAAAUCAUGAAGAUCGAACAGACUGACGAGCAGAAAUCCGAAGAAGUUACGAGAACAUACGAGAGCGUACAACAGUUUGCGAAGAGCUCAGUUAUGGUUUAUGGAUGCCAAGCUUCUAUCAACACUGUGGAGCAGCAAAUAGAAUCAUUCGAAAAAUGCCUCCUUGACGAGAGCGCUUCUGAGGAAGAUGAAGAAAAGAUGCAAAAGAUCCACUCUUUGAUCCAAAAGAAAAAGACAGACGUUCAGAUCGUCAAGGAAACUUCCAAAACCAUCAAAGAGGUUCAAAGCCAAUUGGUUGUCGAGCUCGAAACUGCUCACCAGACCUUCAUUACUCUUGAGAAUAGAUCUACCAAUACUACUGAGGAAAGCCAUGAUCUUCUUGAGCAAUAUGAGAAACUAAAUUCUUCCAUGUUCGAAAUUGAGUCCAAGCAAUCUCAAAUACGCCACGAAGUCAACGAAGCGAACGACACAUACGGCUUUAACUUCGAAAUCAAGGAAGAUAUUCUCUGCGAAUCUGUCGUCAUGAAACUACGACAAGACUUGAGCGAUGCGCAGCGGGUGACCGUCGAAAAAUGGAGGCGCAGCGUGUGA